ACCUCAUUACGACCGUCURGAAUCCCAACCAAUACUCCAGGCGCACGCGCUGUCCGCGAGCACACAUCAGCAGCACGGGACGGUUUCUCGUGCGCUCAACAAUAGAGUGGUUCAUACCAUUAUCACCGACUGCUGCGGGGACCUUUCCCUCUUCAGAAACCGCAUUUUAUCUGAUUAUGUUUUUCGACAGAGGACAUAUAUGUCGCGCUCACGUAAAACCUACAACGGUUUCAAGUUGCGAAACUUGAUUUCACUCCGACCAGGCGACAUUUAGCGCCGCGUUCACCGGCGUCCAGUCGAAGAAUCCCUUCAAACAAAGUGGCUGGAUUGUUCUUCUUCUUCGCCGCCUCUUCCAGCAGCGCUUCAGAGACGGUGCAGCCAUGGAUCUGAGCCGGGGAUUUAAAUUCUUGGACUCGGCGGCACGCUUUGUCGCUCWGUGAAAAUGGACAGAAGAUAAGUGGGAUUUUAACACAAAACUCAUCAGGUAGCAUCGUUUUAGAAAAAGGAUGCCGUUGGUGAAGCGCACCAUCGAGCCCAGGCACCUGUGCCACACAGUCCUGCCAAGGAACAUCCGGAACGAGCUGGAGUGCGUGACCAACGUCUCCUUGGCCAACGUCAUCCGUCAGCUCAGCAGCCUCAGUAAAUAUGCAGAGGACCUUUUCGGAGAGCUGUUCAAUGAGGCCCAUUCCUUCUCUUUUCGAGUCAACUCCCUGCAGGAGCGGGUGGACCGCCUCUCAAUCAGUGUCACACAGCUGGACCCCAAAGAGGAGGAAUUGUCCCUUCAGGACAUCACCAUGAGGAAGGCCUUCAGGAGUUCUACCAUUCAGGACCAGCAGCUGUUUGACCGCACCUCCCUGCCAGUCCCGCUCCAGGAGAGCCUCCAGACCUGCGAGCAGCCACCGCCCCUCAACAUCCUCACACCCUACAGAGAUGACGGUAAGGAGGGACUAAAGUUCUACACGGACCCAUCGUACUUCUUUGACCUGUGGAGGGAAAAGAUGCUGCAGGACACAGAGGACAAGAGGAAGGAGAGGCGGAAACAGAAGUUGCAGGACCCCCGCAUGUAUGAUCAGGUCUAUAGGUACUUAGACCUUCCAGGGCAGCUGAAGGCGAUCGACCGUCCACCCGAGCCGGAGAAGAUCCCGCGGCAGCCUCACGAUCGCAAGAAGGAGUGGCAGAAACUGGCGCUGGGCGCAGAGCUAGCCCAGGACGUAGCAGAAGACAAACACAGAGAGGCCAACGGAUCCGCCGCUUAUCACGACAACCGGCCCCUGCCUGUCCAGCACCAGCCUCCGGCCAUCCCGCCGCCCCCCGCGCCGCUUCAGAUCGCCCCGGGAGUUCUGCACCCGGCCCCACCGCCCGUGGCCCCGCCUCUCCACUCCUCGUCCCCGGCCCGCCACCACCACCACCACCACGUCCUGGACAAGGCCCCGCCCGGGGGCUCGGGGACCCUGUCGGACGGCACCGUCCUCCCUCCUCCCCCGCCCCCGCCCCCUCUGCCCCUCCCCGGAGCACGGAGCUCGUCGCCCUGCCCGUCGGGUCCUCCGCCCGUGCCGGCGUUCCCCUCAGCCGGAGCCAUGGCUUUCCCGCCGCCGCACGCCGCGCACGAUGUGGGGACCAAGUGGCACCACCCCUCCAAUCUGCCACCCAUCAGCGACGCGCGCAGCGUCCUGUUGGAGGCCAUCAGAAAAGGCAUCCAGCUGCGCAAAGUGGAGGAGCAGCGAGAACAGGAGGCUAAACACGAGCGAGUGGGGAACGACGUGGCCACCAUCCUGUCGCGGCGCAUCGCCGUGGAGUACUCCGACUCGGAGGACGAGUCGGAGUUUGACGAGGGAGACUGGAUGGAAUGAUGGAAGUGUGGGGGGGAUAAAAACGAGAGAAAGCAGCGUUGGUGGUGAUUGAGGACAGAAAAAUGUUCAGGUCCCCCCACCCCCAGGCCUCCACAGCUCUGUGUCACAGAAGAGGAGCUUCUUGUCAUAUCUGUUUUGUUGUUUGAGUUCAGUGGAAAGUCUCCACGUCACUCAUUAAUCUGUCUAGUGUUGAAGAAACUUUUUUCUUUUAUUUUUAUUUUUUUACAGGAUUUCUUGUGAAAUCCCUCAUGUUUACUGAUAGAAAAGAAAAUACUAGUUUUGUUUAAUUAAAAAACAUUAAAAGAGAAGGAAAUUUGAAGGCAUGUUGCUUCUAUCUUCUCUGAUAUCAUACUGCCACCUGGUGGCUGAACAUGGCAUUGCGUGAAUGCUGCUCUCCUACGUUUCUUCUUUUUUUUCAACUACCGGUACAUCUCAUUUACAGUUCAGCAGAAGCGUUGCUUCUUGUUUCUGCUUUAAAAACAACAACAACUGACUUUUAAACGAUUUAACACUCUGAGGAAGAUCAGAAAGUGUUUGUCUGCUUCGACCACACGUGUGCGAAUCCAUCCUCUUUCUUUUAUCCCAGGGAAAUGYGGGAGGAGAGACACUUCCUGCACAAGUUGACAAGUGAUAAAAAAAAUAACUCUAAGCCAUUGAUUUGAAAGGUACACUUACCUCUCGAUGUUUCCUCACACUUUUUCGACUUUUAAGAGAGUUCCUGCCUCAGAAUACUCAACACCAGGUACAAACCAGUAAAUGUUUACUGCAGGCAGCUUGAUCAGAUCUCCCUGUACUGUGUUCCAUUAACAAGUCUUUCCUUGUUCGGCUUUUUGUUCAUUUCAAAUAAAUGUCCGUCGUCAUUUUUAGUUUUUUUUCUCUCUUCUACUUGCCUUAUUGUUCGUACAAAAUGUAUCGUUGAGUUGAUGAAUGUAUUGUGCCGUUACUACUUACUUGCCUGCGCUUGUACGGAUUUGCUGUUUCUCUGUUUUGUUUUGUUUUGUUUUGUUGUCGUUUUCUCGGGGGAGGAUGAGGGCAGAACGGUGCAGAAGCCUUGGUUUUACAAAUCCAAAUCCAAAAAGAUUUGCUCAUUAUUGUCCUCCGUAUAACUUAUGUAACUGUUGACUGUAACAGUUUGCUUGAAUUAAUAAUAAAACUCUAAUGUUCUGUUUCAG